UGCGCCCAGCCGGCCCCGUGGCAGGAGCGGUGCUAAGCAGGGGUGGGGUAGCCCAGCUCGAGGACCGGGAGUCCCGGAGGGAGCCGGGCGCCCAGCGGAGGGCGGGGAAGCGGCGCCGAAGUUUGCCUCGGACUCGCCGGGCGUGCGCGGCCCCCUUCGCGAGGUUUAUUUUCUUGAAAACGCUCCAGGCCUCGGCUUGGAAAAUCCAACCGCCAAAAUUGAGCCCAGCAGCUGGAGCGGCAGCGAGAGCCCUGCCGAAAACAUGGAAAGGAUGAGUGACUCUGCAGAUAAGCCAAUUGACAACGAUGCUGAAGGGGUCUGGAGUCCUGACAUUGAGCAGAGCUUUCAGGAAGCCUUGGCUAUCUAUCCACCAUGUGGAAGGAGGAAAAUCAUCUUAUCAGACGAAGGCAAGAUGUAUGGUAGGAAUGAAUUGAUAGCCAGAUACAUCAAACUCAGGACAGGGAAGACGAGGACCAGAAAACAGGUGUCUAGUCAUAUACAGGUCUUAGCAAGAAAGAAAGUUCGAGAAAUUCAAGCCGCCAUUAAGGUGUCUAGUCACAUUCAGGUUCUUGCCAGAAGGAAAUCUCGUGAUUUUCAUUCCAAGCUAAAGGUGACAAGCAUGGAUCAGACCGCAAAGGAUAAGGCCCUUCAGCACAUGGCCGCCAUGUCGUCCGCCCAGAUCGUCUCGGCCACGGCCAUUCACAACAAGCUGGGGCUGCCUGGGAUCCCGCGCCCCACCUUCCCAGGGGCGCCUGGGUUCUGGCCGGGAAUGAUACAAACCGGGCAGCCAGGAUCCUCACAAGACGUCAAGCCUUUUGUACAGCAGGCGUACCCCAUCCAGCCAGCGGUCACAGCCCCCAUUCCAGGGUUUGAGCCUGCGUCAGCCCCAGCUCCCUCGGUCCCUGCCUGGCAGGGCCGCUCCAUUGGCACAACCAAACUUCGCCUGGUGGAAUUCUCCGCUUUCCUUGAACAGCAGCGAGACCCAGACUCGUACAACAAACACCUCUUCGUGCACAUUGGGCAUGCCAACCAUUCUUACAGUGACCCAUUGCUCGAAUCAGUGGACAUUCGUCAGAUUUAUGACAAAUUUCCUGAAAAGAAAGGUGGCUUAAAGGAACUGUUCGGAAAGGGCCCUCAAAAUGCCUUCUUCCUCGUAAAAUUCUGGGCCGAUUUAAACUGCAAUAUUCAAGAUGACGCCGGGGCUUUCUAUGGUGUAACCAGUCAGUAUGAGAGUUCGGAAAAUAUGACAGUCACCUGUUCCACCAAAGUCUGCUCCUUUGGGAAGCAAGUAGUAGAAAAAGUAGAGACGGAGUAUGCAAGGUUUGAGAAUGGCCGAUUUGUAUACCGAAUAAACCGCUCCCCGAUGUGUGAAUAUAUGAUCAACUUCAUCCACAAGCUCAAACACUUACCAGAGAAAUAUAUGAUGAAUAGUGUUUUGGAAAACUUCACAAUUUUAUUGGUGGUAACAAACAGGGAUACACAAGAAACCCUCCUCUGCAUGGCCUGCGUAUUCGAAGUUUCAAAUAGUGAACAUGGAGCACAACAUCAUAUUUACAGGCUUGUGAAGGACUGAACGUGGUUAUUUAUAUAGAGAGAUACCUGUAUAUACACACACACCUGUGCGCACACACACACUCUCUCCAUUACCGACUGACUGUAACCCUCACCACGCAGGGGUGGUGCCCGGCCCUGAGGCCCCCCGACUUUUCUAAAUCCUGUUUGAGUGAAGUCCUUGUUUCCAUGUGUUCAUAACUAUUGUCAUAGCUGUGAAGUUCUGGUACAGUUGUGAAAAGAGAAUCGAGUCGUUGCUUUCUGAUCCUCAGAUCUGCAGCCCACCGUCCCUCGGGAGAGGUGAACCUCAGACCCCGCGCCUCUGUCCGCAGAGGCCUGCUCCGAAUUGUGGUAGGAAAUACUCAGACAGAGCAUUGGCCAUGGGACAUUUACAGCCUUUAUACAAAUGUAUUUAGUUCUUUUUUUUUUCCAACAUAAAAUUCUUGUUUUAAGAUACAAGUAAAAUUAAUCUUUAAAUAUAAAUGUAAAUUAGUACACAAAACUAAGAAUCUUUAGACUUAUCUUUGUAACUAAUUAGGGUGGAAGUUAUGAAAGAAUGUAAUUCACUAAAUUAUUUUUUAAAUGAAACUUUUCUUUCUUUUUGAAACCAAAUGUUAAGAUAUAGCCUUAAGAAAUCCUUGGUAGAAAUACCCUAAUGAGACAAAUUUGUAUCUUUUUCACAAGGGUAAAACUAAUCUCCUAAUCCAUUAAACUCUUGAACAGGUAUUACAAAGGAAGAAAACUUCACCCCUUAUCCUUAACAUAUAUAGUAUAUUUAAAAAUAUAAAAGUGUAUUGUACUAAUGUGAUAAUUGAUUAUUUAAUGAAAAAGAAAGGAUGGCUUUUUUUGCAAUAAGUAGAUAAAUACUGAAAAUCUAAACUUAAACAAUGUUUAUAGUCUUAUGUGUGCAGUUAUAUUUUAUAUGGACAACCAAAUUUUUUUAUUCAGAUGAGUAAAUAUUUGAACCGCUGAAAUUUACUAACAGACAAUUGAAAUUGGCAUGAAUACUGCACUGUGAGCUGCAAAGUACAGAAAAUCCUGUGGCUGGGAGAAAAUUUCAUCAACCGGACCAGUGAAAGGCUCAUCAGUCUUAGCACCUCUGCUCCCUGGAAACCAGCAAUCACCCUCACCAGCCUACAGAUGCAUUGCUUAUUUCUGGUGAUCCAGUAUGCAUGUUAACCUGCUAUAACUACACACACGUGUGUGUGUGUAAACAUACGCACACAUGUGUAGUUGUUUAACCUGUAUUUAUGGCACACCUAGUCAGUGUCACGAAGUUUGCUAGGUGCUGAUUUCUGUGUAUAUUUCGAUCUGUUUCUGUAGAUCUAGAUGUAUUCUCCAAGGACACCCACUUUCUUGUCACCUCUCAGUAAGUCACAGUACUUGAUUGAGGUUUAAGAGGCCCAGCUCUCUAUCUGUGACCUCUCAAACAGGCUCAUUUGGGAGGUUGCCUCCCCAGAAGAGAUCAGCCUUCCAACCCAAAUAUUCCCGAGUGUGGGCCAGGCAGACUUGGUGUCCCGCAGCCACGGAGUGGUCCUUAGGUCCCGCCGUAGAGCUUCCCUGGAAGUGCCCUCAAGCACACACCCCCGACUUCCCUGAAGAAAGGGGCAUUUUUAUCGUUGUUGGGAAUGUGUUAACCCAAUAGAAUGUGAAGUAAGUUAUAUAAGAUGUGACAUAUCGAGACCUUUCCAUCAAGCCAGAAGAUCCUCGUCCGGUCACAUGCAGGUAACUUAGACACACCCUCUCCUGUCUCUCCGCCUGCUCUGACCCGGCCUGCACACUGGUUCGAGUCCAGUGGUCCCAAGCCUGAGGGUAUGACGGGUUCGAGGCAAGCAGAACACCGGCCCAAGCCAGGCCCCUUCCAGACUCAUACCCCUGGUUACUGGGAAGGCCAGAGGAGAAGGUGCAAACUUUUCCCCUUUUGGAGUGGAUAUUCUUACGGAAAUCAGAAGGAAGGUGUCCAUUUCCCUCCAUCAAGAGACUACCUUUUGUUCCCUGAUCCCAGCUGGGCCCUCAAAGGAUUGCCCCAGUUGUCUGCUCUUCCAUCUGGUCUUCAGCCCGAGCAUUUAAGCUUCUUCUGUUGGUCAUCUGUCUUGGGGAUGUUGCUUUUGCUCCUGUCUCUUGCCUCUCUCCUCAAGGGACCCUCCACUCUUCCAGGAGCAGGACCCUAGAACUGGAAGCGUGCAGAUGAUGUGUGUAGCUCAAAGCCAGGCCAUCCCAGAACUUCAGGGGGGAAGGUAUCUGGGUCACGCUCCCACCCGGGCACAGGGCUCUGCUGUGCUGCCAGGAGAGCUCUUGGGAUUUACUUGUCGCAGCACAAAUAGACUGAGACCCAAGAAGACCCACCGAGGGUGAGGGUAGUUCCAUGGGUGGCGGAGAAGGCUGUGCGCUGGUCUGCUGACUCCCAGAGUCAGGCUGGGCCCCGACGCCUGGCUGCCAGGCCCUUCAUCCGGACUCUCUGUGCUUGAGUGGGGUGGGUUUACUUAAACUACCCCAAGGAUAGCUUUUUGCUCUUAAAUUUCUUGCUCUAAGAUUUUUUUUUAAGUUACUUCUUGUUCUUCUCAAAUUUUCUCCAAAACAGGUAUUUUUCCCCAUCUUGUCCACUGGUCCAGUCACCCAAACUCUGGGCCCUCUCUCUGUCUCUCCUGAAUUAGACCUGGGUGGCAUUUGUUUAACAUCAACUCCAUGUCUGCCUGUGGUCUUUCACCCUUUAUGGCAGAGUCUUCCCCCUUUGUCUGUAAAGCUUUAUAGACUAUAGAGAAGACUUUCCAAAGCUCUUUCCUCACUGCUGGCCCCCAGGUGCUGUAUCUCCUGGUCACUCGCCACUACCAGGUUUGAUUCAGGGACAUCACAGGAGAUGCUUUUCACAGGAGAAUCGGGAGGCCAAUUUUCCACUCCCUACACAGGGAGUAGCUGAAAAACGGGGUUCUGGUCUGUUGGCAUAAUCUUUCCCACCUUAGCAAGAGACCUACACUAAAAUCAGGACUUCUUCCAGAACAUGUCCUAGAAUUCCAGAUCGCCCAAGCUGCCUGGGACCCGUGUCAGCCUCGACACUGUGGAUGUGUUACACCAGGAAGUUCUUUGUCACAGGGACUGUCCUGUGCAUUCAUUACAGGAGGUUUGGCAGCAUCCCCGGCCUCUGCUCACUAGACACCAGUAGGACUCUUCCCUCCGCUGUCACUCCCCCAGAUGUCUUCAGACACUGCCAGGUGUCCCUGAGGCACAAAAUCUCCCCCAGCUGAGGACCACUGCCCUAAGUCACACAGGUCACAGAUACCUUGUUUGAGAGUUUCUUUUUCCUUCCACUUCACCCCAAGAUAGCAUCUCUGCUUUUGUCAGUGAUCAAGUGACAUCGCACAAGUGACGUAGUGUCCACAUUUCUUUGUUUCAGAACUUCUCCUUUACGACCCAGUCUCUCUUGCCUCUAAUAUCUUUUCCCUCGUACCGGGGGGAGCUGGGAACGGCUGGUCACCACUAUUCCUGUGGUCAGCUCACUCCUAUUUAAAAAGCAUUUUUAUUUUGACCUUCAAUCCUUAGUUUACUGGGUUUAAAAAAACAGCUUAUUUUCAUUAUUUCUCAUAAGCUCAUGAGUCUCAUUAUCAAACCUUUAAUUGUUUCUGUAAAUUUCCUCUGGUCUUCUUCUACUUCUCUGCCUUACACUCAGUGCUGUUUGUAUUUAUGGAAACCUCUGGAAUGUCUUCUCAUCUUUAGGGAUGGAGGAGAGAGGGAUCAGUUCCAGAAGAAGGCUGAUAGGACUUUUUCUUUAUCGAGCUAAAAGAGCACAGUCUCCUCUCCUUCCCUGUGUAAGCAAUAAGGUUGAGGCUCAGAGAGGAGAGGACUUGCCCAAAGCCACCCAGCUCGGUUAGUGACAGAAUAAGGGUGAGGCUCCGGCACUCCUGCCACUUAACCCCUGGUCCCUCUGGUGGAGGCGGUUCCUCUGUGGUGCUCAUGCCAAAUGACCCUGCAGAUGCGUGGGUGGCGUCUGCUCAGAGGAGAGGGAGACGGAGAACUGGCGAGUCUUGUCCAGCCGGAGCUAUUGGAGGCAUUUGCAAGCAGAUGUGAAAACUGAUGAGCCUUUUCACUUCCUCGGAGGACAGUUCACCUGCCACAGUCAAAGUUCUAAUAGCCAGGCAUCCCGGCAGCCAAGUCUCAUGCUCAGACCAGCUAAAAAAAGGCCUGCUCCAAGCACUUGGUGUUACAGUUACCCGAGUGACUUUAAAACCUGAGUCACUAGGUUUCAAUACUGCAGUGGCUUUAGCAGUUUGUUUUUCUUUUUGUAUAACAGUAAAUUAUUUAAAUCAUGAGACUACAGUCAGUUUUACGAACCAGGUACAUAUGAUCUGUAUGAUUUUGUCUAUGCUCUGGUACACCACACUUAUCCUCACAAAGGCUAGAACCAACUUUGUUGGUGUUCGCACCUGUGACGUGAAGGGGCCGUGUCUGCAUUGCUCAUUUCUGUCGCUGUCGCUGUGGCAAAGCCCUGCACAUGUUGUUUCUGAAAAGCCUUAAAUCUUUGAGAUGUCACGUGUAGGGUGUGCAGUGCACAAGGCUGCCUCGGAACUGUGAGCCCUUUUGUAAGCUGGAAGCAUUUCUCUUACUACUGUUACUUUUUUAGGGAGUUUUAAAUUUAGAGCUGCCAAAGCAUCCCAGUAAGCAGUGCCUUAGUGAUACCUUAGUCGUGCCGCCAGCCUCCUCUGACACCUGUUCCCAGUGCCCAUCCACUGAUUGGCCCCAUAUUUAACACAGAACAUGCAAAAAUCGUUUGCAUUUUGUUUAGGAAGCCCAUUUUUCUCCAGUUCUAUAAGAAGCUGACUGUUUGGUCCCAAAUCUGAAACCAAACGCACGUCAGUUCUUUGACCAGACUUUCAAAUGCAUAUACCAAACAAAAGGGUUUGCAUCUUCAUAGUUGACUAUGAUAAGCAAGUUGUACUUUCAAUGUUGCCUUUUAAAUUCACGACCAAAUACUUAGCUAUUUGUGACUCUUCUGCACUCUAGCAUGAAAGUGCCUUUGGUUUGAGAUUCCAGCUUAGAAAAGUGCUGCCAUAAUAAUGAUAAUUUGUAGAGAGACCAAAAAUAUUUUGAGAUCACCGUAAUGCCUUUGGUUCACCGGGAUGAGUCACCAACCACAGGCCUCUGUGCGCUUGCGCACCACGUGGACCCCCCGCCUGCGGCAAGUCCGUCUGCAGUGGGAGAGCCCCCGCCACCGCUGCCAGGAGCACACUGCAGCCGGAGCGCCCCCAGGAACUGGUGUGUGUGUGCGCGCGCCGACGACCCAGCAUGUCGUCUCCGCUUGUCACCCGGCCCUGCACCCCCACAAGCAACAGACUCUCGGCCGGUAGACAGGCCGGUGGACAGAUCGGCCCUCCUCCUGACGUCCGAGCGCGGUCUCUGCGGAGGUUGCUUUCCCGGUCAGACGACCAUGCACACCUAACCUGGUUCAUGCAGUGACACCGUGUUGGAAGUUGGAAGCCUCAAGCUGAGAUGACAGUGCAGAACAAAAACGAGUUAGGGUCAUGACAAUUAAAGUGUUCUUCUUAGAGCGGAGUGUGGACUCGGAGUGUCUCAGAUGACUGUGCUGUGAGAAACUUCCAAAGAGCACCAUUCACGAUUUGGCUUUUUCCAAGAAUGUUCCAGCCCUCAAGGGGGCAGUUCUGUAAAGUCCUUGUUGGCUUUUAUUAAAACCUUGUGUAAACUGGGAAAGCAGAGAGAGGUAAGGAAAAGCAGUGAGAAAGACAAGAAAGCAAAACACCAGCCAAACAAGCCAAGGGAAAAAGAUUUUUCUUUACCCGUAUAGACUUCAAAAUGACAUUAGACACCUUUGAAAGUUUAGCCUCUGAACUCUUAACGCCUAUGUUCCCAUCCGUCUCUACCUGGUGUCUUUAUGAAUACCCUCUCUGGGCUCUGAAAUUUCAGGAGUGCUUUCUAUCCACACCAAGUUCUAAGUAUUUAUAGGCAUUUCUACAAGAAAAAAAAUCCAGUGAAAAGGAAAUUGCUCCACACAAGUUGUGGUCAGCUGCUUGGAUUCAGCCCCUCCCCCUCCGUGCACUUUACCACAACUUGGAAGAAAUGCAUCCAAUACGUGUUUCCGCUGCCCCUUUCAGCUGUUGCUGGGCUCGGUUUGGCAAGUUUCCUUUCAGAAACGCGUUGCUUAGACUGUUAAGAAUGAAGGUUUUGUGUUUAAAAUUUAUUGCAUCGCAAAGGAUGGUUUCACUGAAGUCAUGCACCAUUCAGUAAGAUGAAAUAUUUGUAUUUAUUGUUCUGCUUCUUACGCCGUAACCUGUUUUAUUCUCCGAAUUUGCAUGUGGUCAGUCACAUGCCAUGCCACAUUUUCAUGUUUGGGACAGCACUGAUGUUCCCCACUCGCCCAUCUGUCAAAGGGGUCAGAUUCCAGCAGAUUCCACCUGUCAGGGGGGCUCCUGUCUGGCUUCCAUCAUGAGAUAAAUUUCUCCUUCCCCCAUUUCUUUAAAAGAAGCAGACAGAAUCUAGGUGUAAAUCGAUUGGAAACCAGUCUAAUUUUCUUUUAUUUUUUUCGCAUCAGUCAUUUUCUCUGAUUAGUUUCACUGUGUAAAUUAGAUAUUAACUGCACUUCUUUAAAGAAAAAUCUCCCUCUUACCUCCUUGAUUCACUUCUGUAGGCCUUUUUUCAAUAGGCUCAUGACUGCAGAUAAAGGAAAAAAAGUAAAAACAAAAACAGUAUGUGCCUGAAAAACGACAAAAAAAAAUUUUGUAACAUUGAAAAAAACCUGAAUAGCCUUUAAUUCUUUAAUAUGCUUAAAUGUUCUGUACAUCGGUUUCUGCCACGUGUGUUUGUUGCCAUUCUGAAUGACUUCAUGGGAUUCUCACAGUCUGCGUCUUCAUGUCCCUUGUAUAAAAUGGGCUUGUGAUGUACGCGUUUCAUCUGCUUGGUGGUUCCUUUGAUAUUGUACUGCUGCUGGGAGUGGGCUGUGCAACCCACCCUCGGUCACGAGGUUCCGGGUGGGUAGACUGGAGAGUUUGGGGGGCGGGGGGAUAAAUUCUCACACACGUUUUCUUAACCUAUUUGCAGAAAUUCAAGGCAUUUGGUUAACCCUCUUGGCAGUACAGUAUUCUCGUAUUUGUUAAUGUCUGUGUUUAGGUACUGGUACCUUUUUUGUUUAAAAAUGUUCUAAGUGUUGGCUUUAAAGUGAAUUUAUCUUUAGUAUGAUAGUUAUAUGAAAAUUAUAGGGUUUGUGUGCAGAGAAUUUUUUUAUAAAGUGCUUUGUAAAAAAAAUGUAUUCUAGCUUUUGCGGUACAUAUGUGUGAUAACUUUAAUAUCCAUGACAGUUAAGUGCAAUUAUUUCAUCACUCUAAAAAUGCUAUUUUUGUGUCAGUUCCUGCAGGUGUUUUCAUGUCUUUGCAAAGUGACACAUUUUGAUGCCUUCUUGAUAAAGUGGUAGACAUUUUGUAGCUUUCUAGAAACUUUGUAUUCAUACGGUAUCAAUGAAAAAUAAAGAAAAUGAAAGUGUGGGUCA